AUGCCUCCAGUAAUAGAUGUUUGCGACUCGUUUGCCACAAGUGUACCAUGGCUGAAUAUGCUGGACUCACUAUCGCUUCCGCCGUUCCGCUCCCCGGAGGCGUGCACAGGUCUAUUCCAGUAUUCACUCGAAUCGUUUUGCUGCGGCCAGUCUGCCUUUAGCGCGCAGAAGAUAGGCGAAGUCGCUGUCAUGAUUGUGAGGAUUGCUUGUGGCCCUGGUGUUCGAAAGACGCUGCAUCAAUCGCUGGCUUCUGCGAAGCAUGGCGUGCGAUGUACGUCUCAACAGAAACGCGCAAACCCGGCAGAUGCUGGGAGAGAGACAUUUAUAGAGAGCUCGUCAGCGACGCCUUCGGGGAAAGACCUAAGACUUAGUCGAUCGCGCAGCAAAGAGAACGCACCGGAUCACGCAUGGGCGCGAAGUGUUACGGGUGACGUACUGUUUACGGUAACAGAUCCAACCGGUGUUCUGAUGGAUGGGACCAUGCAUGCCGGAGCGUACCAUCGCAUUCUCCAAGCGCGAGAACAUCUCAUCGGCAGUAGCAUCGUGAAUGAAAGCGGCAGCAUCCAGACAACUGCUGCGUGCGCCUUGCUCGACGGCACCGAAUGUGGAACCGUAUUGUUGCUGCGGGACGCAACCUUGCUCCACUUUGCGAAGAGCGGACCCCAUCUGAGCGUCCAUCCCGUUAAUAUCGCCGGAAUAUUCCUAGCUGGAGACCGUCCCUCGCUGCGCGUCCAACGAUUCUUGGAUGUCUCUCGAGCGCUAAGUCGUAGCCAGCUUUUCGACUCUUAUGCCUUCGCUGGGCAUUUCGCAGCGGGCGUCCUUCGAAAAGAGUCGGAUGCUCUGGUACACGCCGCGGACACCGACGAAGAUCGCGAACUCUUGGACAUCAUCGAGCAAACGGCGGCCGCGGAAAGCCGCACACCGAGCGUCUCGAGAACGAUCGCUGGUUCCAGUCAUGAGGCAGAGAACAAACGCAUAAGGGUUGAUCUAAUGUCCUCAGUGACGGGCGAUUUCAGGCCGUGGGUGCUCGACGACGAAUUCGGCUCCGUGGAGUCGUACGUUCCGGCAUCGGCGCAACCCUUUCGUGAGAUUACGAACAUGCCGUGUAGUAGCGCUCCCUCUCUGACUCCAUCGAAGAGGCCAUCGGGCUAUCUCUCGCUCUCAGGGAGCACAGCACCGAAUGGUCUCGCGCCAGCCGAAACCCCCGUACAUAGCUCCGAAGCUGAUUCCUUUCUGCUAGAACUGGCUCGAGAAGCAGAAAAAAAGCCACUUGCGAGGAGCACGAACGCUGCGGAUCCCGCACCUCAACCAAGUAACGUUUCUGGAGACACGGUGCUGGCCGCUCGGAAGUCUGUCCAAGAAACACCUAGUCCUGCUAGCAGUAAGGACGACCUCGACGUCGUUUUAUGGCAACUGGUGCCGGAGACCUGA